AUAUAAAUUUAAUAUAUUUCGUAUAUUAUUAAUAUGUGAGAAAAGAUAUGUCAAAAUUUGUGUGGGCCCAAGAGCGCCCUUCGUUUUAUACCGAAUACGAGUCUGUCACGUGUGAUUGAUCAGGUUAGGAAAAGUUUCUCCAGCUAAGAGCGUUGAUCCAGGUUUAUUGUUGAAGCUCUCGAGUAAAUAUCUCGAGUACAUUUGCAUUUUUACGCUGGCUAAUUCGAAUAUUACAGACAUGACGGAAGAGGAUGCGGCGGAUUUACAAUUUCCGAAAGACUGUUCACUGAGUGCGAGAGACAGGCUUGAGCAUGACGUAGAACUCGAGGUGUCAGUUCUGAAGGACGAAAUUUUUACUUCAGACCCUACGUGCCACGUGUGCAGGUCGAGCCUUGUGGAGCCAUAUAUUCGUUGUGCCGUAUGCAGCAACAUCGAGAUAUGUCUCUCUUGUUUCGCGAAAGGCUGCGAGGUGAACGAGCAUAAGAACGAUCACGAUUAUGUGAUCAUAAAAAACGAAUUUCCCCUGAUCGACGGUAGCGAUUGGACUGCUAAGCAGGAACUCGAGUUGCUGGACGUCGUACAACAAUGUGGUUUCGGGAAUUGGGUUGAUGUAGGACGUAGGAUACAGGGAAAGUCCUCUGAGGAAUGCAAGACGCAUUAUCUGCAGCACUACAUAGACAGCCAGACUCUACCGGGUCUACCAAGGAUCAAGGACACCAGAGCCAGCUUGUUCACUUGCGAACCGAUCCCCUAUCUGUACAAGUUGCAAGAUCUAGAGGAGCCACCCAGAUUCGCCCCGGACACGAUUAACAGGAAACUGUUGGCCGGUUAUAACGCGGCUAGGUCCGACUUCGAGGUGAACUUCGACAAUCACGCGGAAUCGUUGGUGGCCGAUCUCGAGUACGACGAGUUUCAACCGGAGGACGACGAGUACGCGUUAGGACGGGCUUUGCAAACGGCCAUAGUGCAGGCGUACAACAACAGAUUGAAGGAGCGCUUGAGAAGACACAGAAUCGUACGCGACCACGGACUGAUCAUCUUCCGCAAGACCUUGUCGUGGACGCAGAAAUACGAGAGCACGAUAACGCGCUCGCUCGCGGAGAGAUUGCUGAUAUUCAUGCAACUCGUGGACGGAAUGGAGUUUGAUUUUCUCAUGGAGGGUCUGCAUCGCGUCGGCGAGUUGAAGAAUCGGAUCAGUAGACUUCUGGAUUUCCGGGGAAACGGACUCAAGCACUUCUAUAGCGUCCCCAUGUUUAAGAAAUUGAGCAAGUUGAGGCAGGAAAACGAGCGGGAGAGAAAACAGUACAUGAGCAAUCCAGAGUACAGUUGGAGGAGUCUGUUGCCCGACGGUUUCGCCGCCUGCAGCAGCUCGAUUCCCGGAAACAUGCAACGCAAGUCCGCGCCUCCUCUGACAGUAAAGGGUUUACCGGGAUUCGAGAAGUUGAGCGCCGACGAGACAGAGCUUUGCUCUGUCGCGAGAGUGGUGCCCGAAAGUUACUUGGACUUUAAGCAGCUUCUGAUAACUGAAAGCAAGAAAAACGGCAGUCUUAGAUUGGCGCAGGCCCGUAUUCUUCUGAAAAUCGACGUGAACAAAACGCGAAAAAUAUAUGAUUUUUUGGUAGAAAAUGGAUAUAUCAAUAAGCCGCCGGCUCAAUGAUAUUUAAUUUUUUUUAGUAAACCGAUACAAUGCGUAGCGCGCGAUAUGCAGAUACUGUGAUAUUAUGAAUUAAGUUAGAUAUGUCAUUGUUUUAAGAAAAAUUUUGCAUUUUAGAGGAAAUAACUUUUCUAGAGUAUCAAGUUUUUAUACAUGUAUUUAUUAAUAUUUUUUACUUUCUUUAAAAGCGAUUGGAAUUGCCGUUAUUAUUUUAAAUAUUACAAAAAUCAAUCAGUAAUCUAUAUUAUUUUGCAAUCAAUUAUGAUUUACAGUAAAUUUAUGCAAUAGAAUUAAGUAAGAUACUUUUUUUAAAGCCUUGACUAAAAUUUGAGAAUAUUAGUGAUCGUAAUAAGUGAAUGUCGACAAUAUAAAAGCUUUAUUUUAAUAUGCUCAAUUAGUAAAAAUACAAUACAAUAAGAUAUUUACUAUUUUUAUCUUUAUAUUUUUUAAAAUUUUUUACUAAGGAAAUGCGAUUUUUCUGACAAUGUGAUUAAAUAAUUUAAUUAUUAGAAAUAUGUUUCUUUUUAU